AUGUUGUAUGGGAUGUACAACGGUCUCAACCUUGACUAUGGGUCUAUAAUUUGGCAGCAGCUAGUUCAAAGUCUACUCUCUUCGUCAAAGCACUCAGAAGUUUCAUGUGGGCGUUUCUGGUCCAUUAUCACCAAAUGGGCAAUGGAUCGCAAUCGUGUCCCUAUUAUGGUGGAUUCCUUGCUUUCCUCCAUCGUCACCUUUCAUACGACGAAGAUCAUCGUCACUGACCCCACAAAGUUUUCGUACAUCGGCUCAAUUCCAGAAACCAUGCUCGGUUGUAUCUCUACAGCCAGUAACAUACUUCAGCAGUACAGGAAGCGUAAAGUUGUUGGUUCACGUGAACUUACGCCGACGAUGCUUCGUUCAAUUGAAGAAGCUGAUAAACCAGCCAAAAGGGGCAAGAAAACUGAAUCACAUAAGGAGGGUCCUGUAACAAAACCAUCCAAGGGGCAAACCCCCAAGAAGAGGAAAGGUAAUAAAGCUUCUCCUUCUCCUCCUCAACCUAAAAAGCAGAAGAAGCCUGCUAGGAAACUUAUUCUUCAAUCCUCAAGCAGUUCGGAUUCAGAAUAUGUUCCUCCUAGGCAGAAGAACACUCCAUCUUCAGACUAUGAGAAUGAAAGUUCUGAUGAAGAGGUUUCGGGUCGAGAUACAACCUCUACCACCACUACAAAACCUACCUUCACUAUUCCCAACCCUCCAUUAACCGAACCUACUUUUACAACCAAACCUCCACCAACAACCGAACCUCCAACUACUUCUAAACCCUUAUCACCCACACCUUCUACAGAAACAACACCAAUUUUGGGCGCUGAGGACUUGGAGUUCGACUCUACAUACUUCAGUCCUUAUCGAGUCCAGAGUGAGGAUGAUGACGAUGAGCCUAUCACCAAACGUCAUCUCCAAGCGGUAAAUAACAAGCUAGAUCAAAUGCUUUCCUCCUCUUCCUCCGGGGCUUAUUUAGAUGCUACAUUAAAGGCCCUAUUCUCAUCAGUUGUUGUAGAACAUUCAGCCUCUUUAACUGCUGCAGCCAAGGCUAUUGAAGCCUCCACUUCUCAGUGUCAUCAGGCCUCUCGUGCUGUUGCUGCUGCAAAGAAUGCUGCUACAGUUACUUCUUCUAUAGAAACUCUUCAACAGACUCUUCAGUCUGAAUGCUCGAAGGUUGAAGCAGCACGCCUUGCUCUUCAACAGGCGAAUGAAGCGUUCCAUGCUAAUUUCAACGAACGCUUAUCUCAACUUGAAGCGGACUUAGCUAUGGAAAAUGGUGUUAUGGAUGAGCUUGCCAGACACACAAAUCAGCUUAAAUUGCAAACUCACAAGCUGAAAACUGCUCAUGCUGAGAUUGAUGACCUCAAGUCCGAGAGGGAGGUAAUAAGGAGUUCUGGUGCAGACAUUCACUCCAUCCUUCUUCAUCUAAUUGAAGGUCAUGAUCCCCUUGUCACUAUCACCACCCGAAGACAUUUGGCAGAAAAGCUUCGACCGGCACUAGACGUCCUCAGUCGUAUCGAGGGCGUUCCGGUGAUUGGUGUCCAACCGCAAAAAGGGGGAGAGAAAGAGUUGAAGCAAGAAAAGCAAAAAACAAAUCAACCUCCUCCUUCUACCUCCAAGCUAGCUACUAAACCGAAGGAAGAUGAUGUCUACAUUGAAAUUCCCAGGAAACCUGUCCCAAAGGUUGAUUCUUCAGAAAAACGAACUGAAGAAAUUUCUAUGAAGGAGAAGGUUGAGCUAGAACAGAAACGAAAGGAGGCGAAGCUCCUUGAAAAGAAAAAGGCCAUGUUCCCUGAAUGGACUAAAGAAUCGCUUCAGAGCUGUGCGAUUGACGAGCCAACUGCUCUAUGGCUCGAACCAAUAAUGGCAUUCAGCCUUGACAACUCCAGGGAUGCACAGUUCGAUAUGCCAAUCACUAGAAAGGCAUUCGUCUUCCAUUGUUUCAACUCCACUGCUGCCAUUCCAUCUCCAGACCGAAGGUAG